UUGGACAAAGACAAAAUCUAUCCGAGAAGAAGAACAAAAACUGCGAAUGAAAAGUGUUUUCGGGGAGAAAAAUUGUCGCUUUUUCAUGUGAUUUGUGAAUUUGUGUUUGUGCAAAAUUCAUUGUAGACUUUGUUUGUAUAGUAUUUUUGAAGCAAAGUUGCCAAAAAAACGUACCGCUUGGUAGUAAUAUGAGUAAUGUUACCAACCAAAAUGGAACAGGUCUAGAGCAGCAGCUUGCUGGUCUGGACUUGCAGCCUCAGGCUUCUAAGGGUGCUGGCCGAUACAUCCCUCCGCAUCUGCGUAGGCAGUUGCAGCAGGCCAACACUUCUCAAGGGGAAGAGCCUAAGCGUCAAAGCUUAGACGCUCGUCCAAACGAGUCUCGGGAUAUCCGUACAUCAUUCGGCGGCAACUCCAGGACUUACGAGCGCGGUGGUCGCCGUGACGACCGAGACCGCGACCGUGACGACCGCGGAUACGACUCGCGCUACCCGCGCAGGGAACGAGAGCAAUGUCGUGACGCGAGCUAUCAGAAUGGCGAGUCGGAGUCGGAGCGGUGGGGAGGCGAGCGCGGAGAGCGCGGCGGGCGCGGGCGCGAGGACGCCGAGCCCCCGCCGCCGCCGCGCAACGACCGCUGGAAGGAGCCCGAGCCGCGCCAGGACGAUAGAGCCCCUUCGCGCAGCCACGGCUGGGGCUCCGACGACGUGCGCCGCAACCGCAGGGACGACGUGUCACAUAAUGAUUGGACGAUCCCGCUACCUCGCGACGAGCGGCAGGAGUUGGAGCUGUUUGGCACUGGCAAUACAGGCAUCAACUUCUCCAAAUACGAGGACAUACCGGUGGAGGCCAGCGGUGACCGUGUGCCGGACUUCAUCACCAGCUUUGAGGAUGUUAACCUGACGGAAAUAAUGCGUUCUAACAUAAUGUUGGCGCGAUACGACAAGCCGACUCCGGUGCAGAAGUAUGCGAUCCCCAUCGUGCUGGGCCACCGCGAUGUGAUGGCGUGCGCACAGACCGGCUCCGGUAAGACGGCCGCCUUCCUCGUGCCCAUCCUCAACCAGAUAUACGAGGCCGGACCAGUCAAACAGGGGACUUACAACCGACGCAAGCAGUACCCGCUGGGGCUGGUGCUGGCGCCGACGCGCGAGCUCGCUACACAGAUCUACGACGAGGCCAGGAAGUUCGCCUACCGCUCGCGCGUCAGACCCUGUGUUGUUUACGGAGGAUCCCCCGUGCCGGACCAGCUCCGUGAGCUUGAGCGCGGUUGCCACCUGCUAGUGGCGACACCGGGCCGGCUGGUGGACAUGUUGGCGCGCGGCCGCGUCGCGCUCGACCACUGCAGGCAUCUCGUGCUCGACGAGGCCGACCGUAUGCUGGACAUGGGCUUCGAGCCCCAGAUCCGCAAGAUCGUCGAGUGCCACACCAUGCCCAAGACCGGGGAGCGCCAGACCCUUAUGUUCUCCGCCACCUUCCCUAAACAGAUCCAAGUACUUGCGCAGGACUUCCUGCACAACUACGUCUUCCUCGCCGUCGGACGUGUCGGCUCCACUUCGGAGAAUAUCACACAGAAAGUGGUUUGGGUAGAAGAGUCCCACAAGCGGUCGUUUCUGCUGGAUCUGCUGAACGCCUCCAACCUGCUGCAGCGUUCGCGCCCCGAGGAAGACCAGCUCACACUCGUCUUUGUCGAGACCAAGAAAGGUGCGGACCAGUUGGAGGAAUACUUAGACGGCGAGGGGUACCCGGUGACGUCGAUCCAUGGCGACAGGACGCAGCGCGAGCGCGAGGAGGCGCUGCGCCGCUUCCGCUCUGGACAGACGCCCAUACUGGUCGCUACCGCUGUCGCCGCUAGAGGCUUGGACAUCCCUCACGUUCGCCACGUGAUCAACUUCGACCUGCCGUCGGACGUAGAGGAGUACGUGCACCGCAUCGGGCGUACGGGCCGCAUGGGAAACCUCGGCGUCGCCACUUCCUUCUUCAACGACUCCAAUCGCGGCCUCGCGCGCGACCUCGUCGAGCUGCUCGUCGAGGCCAAGCAGGACGUGCCCAAUUGGCUGACUAGCACGGCGGCAGACGGGCGACUGGGCGGCGGCGGACGGCGCGCAGGAAGUCGCUCCGGCGGCGGCCGCUUCGGCGGCGGCAGUAGCUUCGGCGCGCGCGACUUCCGUACGCAGCCGCGCCAGCCUCCGCGCUCCGCCGGGCCCUCCGCCAUGGGCUCAGGUUUUGGAUAUGGUGGCGGAUCCUACGGUGGCAACUACGGAGGCUCGUACGGCGGCGGCGGCGGCAACAGCGGAGGCACCGACUGGUGGGACUCGUAAGCGCCCCACCCCUGCAUCUCGCGCCCCGCAUCGCCCGCGAAACCAGCUCUCGUCCCCCUCCCCCCACUUCCCCGCGACUCGGCCCUACUCUCGAGCCGCCCCGAUUUAAUCCCGGUCAUUCGUUCGUUCAUGGUCGCGAGCGGUGCGACAAACGCGAUGGCGUGCGGCUGCCCGCAGG